AUGGACGGCCCGAGAUAUGCCCCGCAGUCUGUUUUCUUGGAAGGUGGCGUGCCUCGAUACCUCUCCGUCUCCGGUCGCCCGCUGUCGAUCGCGGAGAUGUCGCAUCGCUUUAAGAGACGGGGCAUGGUGUUCCCCUCCGACGUGGUAAUCCCCGAGCUGGAAAGCAUUCCGUCGUCGAGCAGUAGCUCCAGCACCUACAAGGGCCACAAUGUGGUGGAGCUCUUCCCUCCGCUGGGUCCGCGCAGCAUCUUGAGGAUUAUGGCCCCGCGCACACGGGAGGGGCCGACCCCAGCGCAAGACUUCGCUGCGCAGUACCGCGCGACGCACACGGCAUGGGAGUACGAGCCGAGCGAAGUGGGUUCCAGCACUUACGUCGGCAGUGCCAUGCUGUCCGUCGAUGCGCUGAGCACUUCCCCCGAUACCGCCUCCCAGGUGCGUUUCAGUCAGCUGGACGAGGACGUGAUGGAGGGCUUCUCCUCCGAGGCGGUCGAGAUGGCGAGCGCUGGCGUCGGCGCGAGAAACAUCCGCUGUCGACGACCGGGUUGUCAUUAUGUUCUAGAAGACGUGCGAGCACUCACUGCGCAUCUUCACUUGCACAGCAUUGGCCAUGAGCGCAAUGGGAUAGAAGGGUUCAACGGGCCAUCGGCGACAGCCAAUAAGCCGUCCGGUAACAGACGUCGAAACCUGCCGCAUUCCGCCCCUAAAGAGGGAUUCUUCGCCUUUCUCGGCCGGCUGUGUUGCCUGUGUUGCAGAACUCGCCGUCACGUCAUGGUCGAUUGA